CCCCAACUCCAUCGCCAUCUCAGUCUCACCAUUCCUCCCCUCACAUACUCCAGCAGCAACGACAACAAUAUCAUAUCAUACAUACGGUUCACAACGGCACCAGCUCGACCAUCAAAUAUACACUAACACGUCGCGGCAAUGGGGCUCUGCAUGUCUAGCGGCGGGGCGGCGGUGGCGGCGGUGCGCUCGGAGGGGCUGGCCGCCUCGACGGCGAUGGUGCUGCUGCCAACGGGGGAGCUGCGCGAGUACCCGCGCCCGGCGACGGUGGCGCAAGCCCUCCAGGACUCCGUGGAGGCAGGAGACGGCUCCGCCGGGUGGUUCCUGUGCGACGCCGACGUGAUGGGGUUCGAGGGUCCCGUGGCGGCCGUAGGCGGGGGCGAGGAACUCCGCCCGGGACAGAUCUACUUCGUGCUCCCCGCCGAGGUUAAGAGGAACGGGCUCCGCCGCGAGGACGUGGCCGCUCUCGCCGUCAGAGCGUCCGCGGCGCUCGUCAGCAAGGCCAACACCAACGCGUCUGGUAGCGGCGGACGGAGGAGACGCGCCGGCUCUGUUUCGCCGCUCGUGUUCGCCCCGCCGCCGGAGGUGGACGAGACUCUUGCCUACAAGACCGUGCCGACGCUGGUAGUGAAGAGGCGGCCGGUGGCGCGCGUAAAGAGCGCCGGGAGGAUGCAGCCGAGGUUCGCCCCGGAUCUGACCGCCAUUCCUGAAUGCGAGUAAACCAACAGAAUGGAUCGACCCAUCGGUCGUGGCUACAACAAAAAUCCGGGGGCGAACUCGAUUCUGGAGAAGCUCCGGCAAUUCUGGAACCAGCGGGAACAGAACAAGGAAGGUGGGAAGUGAUGUCGCCAGCCUGGCGGGACGGCAUCAGCGGACGACAAAGCGGAAGGCCGUCAGAUCCAUAUCGGACGGAGGCUGCUUGCUUCAGUGGCUUGGCGCGGAAGAUGAAGAUGGCAUAAGGUCGGCGCAGAGUUUUUUGUUUUGUUUUGCGGGAAGUCGGUUCAGAGAUUUAGCAUGUGUAUAUUUCGUAGCAACACAAUUUUGAUCGCAUUAGUUGAGCAGGCGCUCUGAGAACGAAGUAUGGAGGCAAAUAUAAACGGUGAACAUAAACUAGACUACUGAAUUUUCGCCUAAA